UGGAAACAUGAGCAAUUUAUAUUUUCUUUACCUUUAUCACAACUAUCUCAGUGGUAGUAUUCCUAGUGAAAUCGGAAAGCUUUAUUUCAUUUCCACAAUUCAGUUGUUAUACAACAACCUCUCUGGUCUAAUUCCAUCUUCAAUUGGAAACUUGGUCAAUUUGAAUUCUAUUCUCCUUUCCUCAAAUGCUCUCACUGGACAAAUCCCACCUUCAAUAGGUAACUUAGUCAAUUUGAAUACUAUUGACUUUUCACAAAAUAAACUCUUUGGAUCAAUUCCGUCCACUUUCGGAAAUUUGACAAACCUUGCUAUAUUAGAUCUUUUGUCAAAUGAUCUCAAUGGAAAUAUUCCAAUAGAUAUUAAUAGACUUACCAGUUUGGAAAUUUUGCAGUUAGGUGAUAAUAAUUUCACAGGUCAUUUACCUCACAAUAUAUGUGUUAGUGGAAAGUUGACACACUUCUAUGCUAGUCAUAACCAAUUAAAAGGUCCAAUUCCAGAGAGUUUGAAGAAUUGUUCAAGCCUUGUGAGAGUGAGACUUGACAAAAACCGACUUACUGGAAAUAUAACAUAUAGUUUUGGUGUUUAUCCAAAUUUGGAAUACAUGGAUUUAAGUUAUAAUAACUUGUAUGGCCAUCUUUCUCCUAAUUGGGGAAAGUGCAAGAAUCUCACAAGUCUCAAAAUCUCCAAUAAUAACUUAACAGGAAACAUACCACCAGAACUAGGUAGAGCAACAAAUUUACAUGAACUUAACUUCUCCUCAAACCAUCUUAUGGGAAAAAUUCCAAAGGAACUUGGAAACUUAUCUUUGUUGAUCAAACUCUCAAUAAGUAACAAUCAUCUUUCGGGAGAAGUACCUGUACAAAUUGCAUCACUGCAUGAACUAACUGUCUUGGAGUUUGCAACAAAUAAUUUAAGUGGAUUCAUCCCUGAAAAACUUGGAAGGUUGGUUAUGUUAUUGCAAUUGAAUUUGAGCCAAAAUAAAUUUGAAGGAAACAUUCCUGUUGAGUUUGGUCAAUUGAAUGUUAUAGAAAGUCUUGAUCUUAGUGGGAAUUUUUUGAAUGGAACCAUACCGGCAAUGCUUGGACAUUUAAAUAGCUUAGAAACAUUGAAUCUCUCACAUAAUAAUCUUACUGGCACCAUUCCUGUGAGCUAUGGUGAGAUGUUAAGCUUGACAACUGUUGAUAUAUCAUACAACCGGUUGGAAGGUCCGAUUCCAAACAUUCCAGCCUUUCAAAAAGCAAAUAUUGAAGAACUGAGAAACAACAAAGACCUGUGUGGUAAUGUCGCUAGCCUAAAGCUUUGUCCAACAUCUAGUGGUAACUCUCAUAAUCCAAAGACUAACAAAAUUUUGGUACUAGUUUUACCCCUCACUCUAGGCACUGUACUGAUAGCAAUAUUUGUUUAUGGGUUCUCAUAUCAUAAAUGGCGAGCUUCAAGCACAAAAAACAAUGUUGUUGAAGAAUCACAUGUUGAAAAUCUAUUUACAAUAUGGAGUUUUGACGGAAAAAUGGUGUAUCAGAACAUCAUUGAUGCUACAGAAGAGUUUGACAACAAGCAUCUCAUAGGCGUAGGAGGACAUGUAAGUGUUUACAAAGCAGAGUUGCUUACAGGACAAAUUGUAGCUGUGAAGAAACACCAUUCAUUACAAAAUGGAGCAAUGCCGAAUCUGAAAGCUUUUACAAGUGAGAUCCAAGCUUUAACAGAAAUCCGACAUCGAAACAUUGUGAAGUUAUAUGGAUAUUGUUCACAUCCAUUGCACUCAUUUUUGGUUUAUGAGUUCUUGGAGAAGGGUAGUGUGGACAACAUUUUGAAAGAUGAUGAACUAGCAACUGCAUUUGAUUGGAAAAUGAGGCUGAAUGCCAUUAAAGAUGUUGCAAAUGCUUUAUGCUAUAUGCAUCAUGAUUGUUCACCUCCGAUCGUUCAUCAUGAUAUAUCCAGCAAGAAUGUUAUUUUGGAUUUGGAAUAUGUGGCUCAUGUCUCAGACUUCGGUACAGCUAAGUUUCUUAAUCCCGAUUCUUCCAACUGGACCUCUUUUGUGGGCACAUUUGGAUAUGCUGCACCAGAACUUUCAUACACAAUGGAAGUAAAUGAGAAGUGCGAUGUGUAUAGUUUUGGAGUAUUAACUAUGGAAAUAGUUUUUGGAAAGCAUCCCAGAGAUAUUGUAUCUACUUUGUUGCAAUCAAGUGGUAUAUACCAAACAAUUGAUGCUAUGUCAUUGAAUGAUAAGUUGGAUCAACGCCUUCCUCGUCCUACGAAUGCUAUCAGGAAAGAAGUGGUAUCAAUUAUCAGAAUUGCAUGUCAUUGCUUAAUUGAAAGCCCGCAUGGUCGCCCAUCAAUGGAGCAUGUUUGCAAGGAGAUUGUAAUGUCAAAAUCAUCUUCAAAUAUAGCAAUGGGGUGAUUUGAUCUAAUGAUUUAUUAGACAAUUUUCCAUCCUUGUUUUUAAUACAGGAUAAAAGUAUUUUAUCUUGAGAAUAAAUUAUAGCUAAAAGUUAAUGUUCUCCUUGCUUUCAGUCAGAUAGAUAAUGUAUUAUUCUAUUGGUGUAACUUUGUUAUGAGUUAGUAGUGUACUCAAUUUAGCUUCUUU